UUAACCAAUAGAGCUCGGUUCAAAUUUAGCCUGGGUGGAGCCACGCACGAGGCCGUAAAUGAUGGCCAGAUCACCGUUAAUUUCCCUGGAAGCAUUUCAGGGUCUGAUCGAAAAUCCUACCUAUCAGUUGUGAGUCUUGAAUGUAAUACCCGGAGUGCAGGGGGCUUGAAACGUGGUUUCGGGGAACAGGAAACCUUCAGUCCGACAGUAUUCGCCCAAGAGAUUGCUGAAUUGGUAGGAGCUAUGUAUGCGCAGCAGCAGACCCCGCUACCUGUCAAGCACCAAGAUCAGGAGCUAUUUGUCCUCAGCAUGCAUGGGUCCCUUUUCUACGUUAGUGCCGCCUAUUUCUCGCCUCGGUAUAUGGCGUAUAUUCAAGAGGGAUCUUACUCGGGGGACGACACCUUUCUAUGGGUUCGACGAUCAAUUCACUUUGACCUCAAAAAAGUCGAAGACAGAGGGGAGGCGCUCGGGUUUGUCUGGGGGCUGGUCAGUUAUAUAAGUAGUGGGAAUGCGCGAGUCAAUAUUGUGAGUUCAGCGAUUCAUGAAGCGAGCAUUUCAGUACCAUAG